AUGGCUUCACCUAGACCUGUUAGACUAUCCAAAAUUGGAAGUCGAAAUGCGGACCCAAAUCGAUCAGGCAGUGGGAGUGGAAGUGGAAGUACUAGAUCUCAUAAACGUUCAGUAUCAACACCUAAAGCCCCAGCAGACCCUUCGGAUACCCGCGAUCACAUUCCUUCAUCCUCAACGUACAGACGUGAUCCUCAGACUUUUCAAGAAUCAGAUGAUGAAUUCGUUUCAGAAAAAAUCGCGCCUAUACCAAGCAUAAAUCCAUCUUUUAAACGUCCGAACAUAAAUACUCUGAACAAUACGCCAUCACAAUCCAAGAUUAGAAAAACGAAAUCAUGGUCACCACCUAAUUUUGGUUUAAGAAGAAUCCUCUUCUUUGCACUGAUAUCAGCUACUCUUUUGGUCAUGUUUUUUAGGCCUUCAAUAUCAGAUAUAUUUUCGACAACUAUUUGGCUGCCGUCUUCCUGGAGAGCAAACAGAGUACCAGUGUCUUCUGACAUAUCGACACUAUCACCUAAAGAGAGGAAGUUAGCGGUCAAACAAAUUGAAUACGCUCACAAUAUGGAAAACUAUUUCCCAAGUGAACGAAACUGGGGUGGAAGAGAACACGGUAGAGAAGAUUAUAAGUUCCACACGGAAAAAGAAUUGAGGAAGCUAGCUGUUUGUACAGCCACAAAUACGUGUAGGGAAAAUCAAACUAAUGUCGUGAUACUGGGACAUAUAUUCUCACACUUCCAUAUCUAUGAAGGAUAUAUGGGUGGAGAAGGUAUAUGGACAGCGAAUCUAGUGGAAACAUUGACAAAGUGGGGCUAUACGAUUCUGCAUGCCAGAGAUGAUUGGGUAUAUAUGUGGUAUAUAUACAAUCAAAUACCUGACAUGGUCAAAGCUAUCGUAGCUUGGAGGACAGGACAAUAUGGUACCUUCGAGGAUCACGUGAAAAGUCCCUGGAGGAUUAAUGGAGUUCCAGCAUGGAAAUUCUUCGUAUACAACUAUUUUCCAGAUCAUUAUACGUCAAUCGUCGGAGAUGCGUGGAAUAUGCAUUCUGAGUUUGGCUUCUCGCAUAAGCAAAGAAAUUUCACUUUCAUCCCAUACGUCGUUGAGCCAGCGACUACACCACCAUAUACGCCUUCGGCUCAACGACCUAAUCAAGUAUACAUCCUAGCCAAAUUCUUACGAUAUUUCUACCCGGGAGCACAGCCAGCAUGGGAAGACACAGGUGUGUUCCUUCGAGCGAAGACCGUAUUGGAACAGGAGUUUCCGGGAUUCGAAUUUGUGGUAGGAUGUAAAGAUGAUAGAAAUUCUGCAUCGCAAAUUGAGAACUCAAUGCAAUUACCUGAUGGCAUAAGGAAUUUAGGUCAAAUGGAUAGGAUCGAAUUUGAGCAUCAACUAGCUAACUCAAGGGUUAUGUUGGGUAUCGGAUGGCCAACUUUAAGUCCCAGUCCCCACGUAGCUUUGAGUCUUGGAAUCCCGUUCAUCAAUCCCUACUCAAUGUGGGGCUGGAGUUCAUUUGAUGACCCUGACACUUGGCAACAAAGUCAACAUCAUACUUUGAAAGCACUAGGGGAACCGUAUAUCUACCAUGUAUUGAGGAAUAAUGAAACUGAAUUGAUCGAAGCUAUAAGAAAAGCUUUGUCGACUCCUAUCGAACCUUAUAUUCUACCUAUAAUGACAAGAGAUUAUCAUGAGAGACAAGUAUCAAAAUGGAUAAAUACAGAUUGGAAAUCCAAAGCUGAGCGUAUAUUGGAGAAUAGAAAGAAAGGUAUCGAAACGGAAAAUGGGAAUGAUCUAAAGGAAUUCAUGUUGUAA